CAUUAUUCUGUUUUAAAUUUAUAUUUUCCUUUUAUGCCAUUCUUUUCAAUCAUCUCAUUGAAAAAGCUUUCUGCAAAACUAUUCUCUUCUGUCUUUGAACAAAGAAGAAUCUUAUUACAGUAUCCUCUUAAUUCGUCUUUGGUUUUUACUCAAAGGGUUUAAGUAAGGUUUGUGUUCAAUACUGAAAAGGUAUAAUCUUUAUUGCUCAAAUCGGAUUUUGCCUUCAAGAUUUUAUCCUUUGACCAAAGGAUUAAUCUCAUCAACAUAACCUAGUGUCGGAUUCUAAACCGAGUCAAAAGGUUUUUUAGUACUAAUUAUUAUUAUUAUCCCAAAUUUAUUAUUUCUUCUGUCUGAAAAUGUCUCCUCCAACAUACUUCCCUCUGCGAUGGGAAAGCACCGGAGAUCAAUGGUGGUACGCUUCUCCUAUUGAUUGGGCAGCAGCCAACGGCCACUAUGAUUUAGUGCGGGAGCUCCUCCGCCUCGACGGCAACCACCUCAUCAAACUCACUUCUCUCCGCAGAAUCCGCCGCUUGGAAACCGUCUGGGAUGAUGAACAACAGUUUGACGAUGUCGCCAAGUGCCGCUCCGAGGUUGCUAGAAAGCUCCUCACCGAGUGCGAAAUCAAGAAAGGUAAAAACUCCCUCAUCGGUGGUGGUUACGGUGGCUGGCUACUGUACACCGCCGCCUCCGCCGGGGACCUCAGUUUUGUCCGAGAAUUGCUGGAAAGAGAACCCCUUUUGGUCUUUGGUGAGGGUGAAUAUGGCGUCACUGAUAUCUUGUACGCCGCUGCAAGAAGCAACAACUCCGAGGUUUUCAGGCUGGUUCUUGAUUUUGCCGCCUCACCUAGGUUUGCCACCGGCGCAGGAGGGGCGGUGGAGGAACACAUCGGAGAGGUCCCUUCUGCUUAUAAGGUGGAAAUAACGAAUAGGGCUCUCCACGCCGCCGCAAGAGGUGGUAAUCUCCGGCUGUUGAAGGACCUUCUCGGUGAUUGCUCCGAUGGUAUUUUGGCUUAUAGAGAUAUUCAGGGAGCAACCCUCUUACAUGCGGCGGCUGCCCGUGGUCAAGUUCAGGUGGUGAAAGAUCUCGCAUCAUCGUCGGAGAUAAUCAACUCCACAGACAAUCAAGGCAAUUCAGCAUUACACGUGGCAGCUCACAGAGGCCACCUAGCUGUUGUAGAAUCCCUAAUUCUCGCAUCACCUUCUUCAAUCAAUGCUGUAAACAACGCCGGAGAAACUUUUCUGCACUCUGUUGUUGCCGGUUUCCAGACUCCCGGUUUCAGGAGAUUGGAUCGCCAAAUCGAACUGAUGAAGCACUUACUAUUUGGACAACUUUUCGACAUAGAAAAAAUCAUCAACACGAAAAACAAAGCCGGUAGAACUGCCCUUCAUUUGGCGAUCGUAGGGAAUAUCCACUCCGAUCUGGUUGAGCUGCUCAUGACUGUGAAGUGCAUUGAUGUGAAUAUACGCGAUACAGAUGGAAUGACACCGCUCGAUAUUCUGAAGCAACGCCCGUAUUCUGCAUCGUCCGAAUUGCUAACGAGACAGUUGAUAUCUGCAGGUGGGAUAUUCAGUUCGCAGGACUACUCUGCAAGAAGAGCUAUUGCAUCACACAUCAAGAGGCAGAGUAUAGGGAACAGUCCAGGCACUUCAUUCAGGAUAAACGACGUUGAAAUAUUCUUGUACACGGGGAUUGAAAAUGCAUCGGAAGGGACUCGUAGUGUUGGACUAAGCAAUUUGAACUCACCAGAAUUGACAACGAGCCAACACGGUUCGCAUAUAGGGAAUCCUAGUCCUAAAAGGAGCACUGCUAGUAGUAUAAACGAGCGUCUGAAACGGCUCCUCCAUUGGCCUAAGAAGAGAAACAGGAGUUCUAGUUCGGAACAAGUGCCGGUCCCGCUUCGUCAGAGAUUCUCGAACAACAACAAAAGGGCGCUUUCGGUUAGGAGCAACUUAGAAAGUCCGAUGGCAAAGAAGAAGCUGGCUUCAGGGGUGACGCAAGGUGUUAUGGAGGCUGUUCCGAAUUUGACAGUGCCACAUCAUCAUGGGAGAUCGCGUUCGAGUUCGAUGUCGAAACUGUCAUUCUCAUCGCAGAGUUCGUUGGACACUCAGAAAGGAGUUCAGAUUGAGAAUGAGAUGGCGAAAAUGAAUGACAAGAAAACGGGGGGGCACCACAGCAGAAAUGGUAGUAUGGGGAAUAUGAGGUUAAUGAACCAGUAUCUGUGCUUUGGAGGUCCAAGCCAACAACAACAACAUAUGGUGGAGGGUGGUGAUCCAAAGCCAUUUGAGAUAUAUGAACGCUCUGUUCUAUCAGCUGCUUAAGACAAUUGUGAGUUGAGAGAUUUAAGAUAGUUUUUCUUUUCAGUGUACAAAAUGAAAUGCGUCUUUAUUAUUAUGUGUUGAUUAAGUUUGUUGCUGUGUUGUGUUAAUUAGACUCUUAUUGUUAAUUCAGGUGGAUUUUUUUUUUUUUUU